UGUCCUACACUCCAUUUAUGUUCUGACUUUGUGUGUUAAGAGAAAUAUUAUGCAGUAUGAUUUUAAAGUAUCAUUGUUCGCUCUAUGCGAUUUUUUCCUGUCUAACAGUUAUGACAGCAAUAUGUCAUGGAAAUCGCAUAAAGAGAGGACUAGGGAGUGAUGAUGAAGUUAGACUUGUUAAUGACUUGUUUGGAGAAAAAAGUGGAUAUAAUCCCUUAAUUAGACCAGUUGAAAAUGUCAAUGACACCCUAACAGUUGCAUUCAAUGUUGCAUUGAGCCAGUUGAUCAAUAUUGAUGAAAAGAAUCAGAUAAUGAAGACAAAUGUCUGGCUUCAGAUGUAUUGGCAUGACUACCAAAUUAGGUGGGACCCUUCACUUUAUGGUGGCAUUAAAAAUAUACGCAUUGAUCAUGAGAAGAUAUGGAGACCCGAUAUUGUCUUAUUCAACAAUGCUGAUGGAAAUUAUGAAGUAUCUUACAAAUCCAAUGUAGUGCUGAAUUUUAGUGGUGAUCAUUACUGGGUUCCACCAGCAAUAUAUAAAAGUUCUUGUACAAUUGAUGUGCAAUAUUUUCCUUUUGACCAACAAAUAUGUGAAAUGAAAUUUGGAUCAUGGACAUUCAAGGGAGACCAAUUACAAUUUAAGUUUUAUAUGAAUAUGGAUUUUGUUGAUCCAACUGACUACCUAAAGAGUGGUACCUGGGAUAUUAUUGAAUUUCCUGGCAAAAUUCAAAGAAUCAAUGAUACAGAAUCUCAUGAUUACAAAUAUCUUAUUGUUUUCAAAUUCAUUCUAAGAAGGAAAACCUUGUUUUAUACAGUGAAUUUGAUCAUACCAUGUGUUCUUAUAUCCUUUGUUAGCAUUUGUGUGUUUGCUUUACCAGCUGAUGCAGGAGAAAAGAUAACUCUUUGUAUUUCUAUUUUACUUGCAUUGGUUGUGUUUUUAUUGCUGAUUUCAAAAAUUCUACCUCCUUCAUUAAAGAUACCAUUGAUAGCAAAAUAUCUACUAUUUACGUUUAUAAUGAACAUAUUUGCUAUUUGUUUGACUGUAGUUGUGAUUAAUAGGAACUAUAGAACUCCUAGAACGCACAAAAUGCCUUACUGGGUGCGAUUUGUAUUUUUAUACAUGCUUCCAAAACUACUUUUUCUUGAACGUCCAAAUCAUGAUAUCAGAUGGCGUCACGUUAAUGAACAGACUACAUCUAAUCAAGCAAAUCAAGUGAAACAACAACAGCAAGUUCAUCAAACAAGCUAUUUUUCUCCAGAGCAUCAUCAAGUCUCAAGUAGUAGACAAUCCAGUUUGUUGGAGUUAACUGAGAUCCAUCAUCCGAGUUGCAGACUAAGUCCAAACCAAAUCAAUUGUGAAAUGAGUGAUGAAAAUGGUGAACAGUUCCCAAAGAGAGUUACAGCUGAAUUACAUAAAGCUACAGAAGCUCUUAGUUUUAUAACAUGUCAUCUGGAAACUGAGAAUGAGUUUGAAACAGUUUUAGAUGAUUGGCGGUAUGUAGCCUUGGUUAUAGACCGACUUUUGUUUUAUGUCUUCCUGAUUGUAACCAUUGGUGGAACUCUGGGAAUUUUAAUGCAAGCCCCUCAUAUUUUAGAGUUUGUUGACCAAGAUGAAAUUAUUGAGAAUGUGAUACGAAAAAUCAACACAAUAAAGAAUUAAAAGUUGAAUAGAACAUGAAAGUGUCUAUGAUUAUGAUGAGUGUUACUGGAAUGAACUUUUUAAAACAUAUAACUAUUGAAGUUACUGUGCAUUAGUGGUAUGGAGAUAAACAUAUAUACUAUUAGUUGUAAUUUGCAUUAGUGGUAUGGAAUUAAACAUGUAUACUAUUUUAAAAAGUUACUUUGCAUAAGUGGUAUGGAGAUAAACAUAUAUAUACUAUUAAAGUUACUGUGCAUUAGUGGAAGUUGUAGAUGGAAGUGCACUUAUCUCAUCAGUGAUGAUUUGAACUUAACUCAAUAUCAUUGUAUAAUUUUAUUUUUGUUAUUUAAUAUUUAUGCCCCUCUAUAGCAGGGGAGGCAUUAUUAUGUUUUACUUGUUUUUUAUUGCAAUACUUUAUAUAUACAUAUUAUGGACAUUGUGGUAUAUUACCGUUGAUCUGCAUCAAUACAAAGGGUGAAAAAAAAAAUUAAAUUGAUGAAUCUCAAUUUUAGGUUAUCAUGGUUAUGUUCAAAUCAAAACUUCAUUUUCAAUUAAAGUUAACUAGAACACACCCGCGAAAUCGCGGGCAUAUACAGCUUGUGAACUGUUGUAGGAUGAUUUUUUGUAAAAGAUAUUAUGUAUGGAGAAUAACAUAAAAGGUAUCUCCCUUUUUCCAAAGUCCGAUUUGUUUCCUUUCUGUUAAAUUCAAUUAUAUUCGUGUUUCUGGCCUACGACCACAAUUCUUCUCACUUAAUAAUAAUAAAUAAGCUUUAUUUAGAGUCGGCAUGGUAUAUAAAACAUAGACAAACAUAAGCUCUAAUGAGCUUUUAACCGACAGAAACAAUGCUUCUUUUGGUAAAAGUCAAAUCAAAUUAAACAUUUGCACAUUUUUAAGCAUGAAAUAAAUGUAACUGUUUAUAUAUAUAUACCCUUAUAGUCUUAAAAAUAAUGCUUCUAUGACAAUCCAUCAAUACUUUUUUUUGAGAGCCUUAUUAACAUACCAAUGGUAGGAUUGAAUCAUGUAUAAAUGACUAAUACCGACUAAGGCUAAUUUGAGGGGUUGUCGAUCGGAGGGGUCCUGAUCCCGAAAUCCCGGGCUUAAAACCAUGAAAUCCCGAGAUGCAGAAUUUAAAGAAAUUAAUAUCCCGAAAUCGAAAAAUAUAUUACCGAAUCUCGUAAGGAUUAAUCCCCAAAUUCCUAGCUUUAAAACACUUGAUCCCGACGUCCCGAAAAAGGUCCUGCCUCCCUCUAAUCUCUACCUUACUUUCAUUUUUGCCAAAUCACUAUUUUCCCUUUUAACAAUGUUUUUAUGCCCCCAUUAUGGUCAUUAUGUUUUCUAGUCUGUGCAUCCGUGCGUUCGUUUUCGUUUGUUCGGUCGUCCGUCCGUCCGUCUCGUCCGUCUGUCCCACUUCAGGUAAAAGUUUUUAGUCGAGGUAGUUUUAGAUGAAGUUUAGCAUGUUUUAUUUAUUUAAUAUAUAUACAAGUGGUAUGACCCCUUCAAUAGUAAACAUUUAAAAAAAAACAGUAAACAGAAUCAGGGACUUUCUAUACUAACAUAGAAAUUCCCCGACAGAAUACAGAGACUCUCUAUAUAUAUUAAAGUAGUAUACUCGUAGUUUACAUGUUACUUUUUUGCAGAUAAACGCGAAAAAUAUUUGUCCGCUCUAAGGAAGUAUAAUAGUUGUGAUUUUUGCGAUCUAAACACCAUGAUAUGGAGAACGCUCUACGAUUGGUUGUACUUUUGUCACAUGUUUUACUUUUUUUUUAAUAUAAAUGCAACUGGUAUGACCCCUCAAAUAGUAAACAUAUAAAAAAAAACAGUAGACAGAAUACAGAGAGUCUCUAUAUAGUAAAGUAGUAUAAUCGUAGUUUACAUGUAGGUAAACGCGAAAAAUGAUUGUCCUCUCUAAGGAGGUAUAAUAGUUGUGGUUCUUGCGAUCUAAAAACCAUGAUAUUGAGAACGCUCUGAUUGGCUUAUCUAUUUUUCAUUUUUGUUAUCUAUCAUGCGAUUGGUUCAUGUUUCAAACAGGAAGUCUUAUCUAUGACUAAAAGUCAGUCUGAUGACGGAAUCAUAUCCGGACUCCUUUUUGUCGUUUUUCUCCCAAAAUAACUCAAUCUGAAUAAUCAUAAGAAUAGAUGACAAAUGCGACUAUGCAUGUUACCUAUAGGACACAGAGGCAUGAUGAUUGAUUUAUUGUGGAAGGAAGAGAAGCGACACCCAAAAUGAGGUCUUCUCGUUUAAUAGUAUAGAUUAGCAGGGAAAGUUUUUACUGAAUAAAAUAUUUUUGUUGAUUUAUGUUAUGCAUAAAUGAAAAAAAAAUUGCGCAAAGAGGACUUAAUUUAGUAUAUAUGCUUUCACAAUGUUGGAUGAAAUACAGUCUUAGAAUUUUAUUGAUUUGAUUUGGCUUCUUCCUAGAUUAAGGAUAAUGUAAUCAUAAGGUGGCACCUGACCCUCAACCAACCUAUAGAAAAAUAACAAUCUUUUUUGCUUUUGUCGGUCUUUAAGUGGUGAUAGCUUUAUAUCUUGCAUCAUAUUUGUGAUGCAUCCAUCAUCUCUUGAUUUGUAGUCUUUAUUUAUAAAAUGCACCACCCUUCUGUGUAUCCUUUCUAGUUGGUCUUUCCUUUUGUUGUAUACAUAUGGUUCCCAUUUAAUGGCUCCAUAUUUGUGCAUUUUUCUUACAUUCUUCAGGGCAAUGUUGUAAAAUCUGAGGGAUUCCAAGGUAAAACUUGCGUUUUUUGCUGGUGUUUGCUAAAUGUAUCCCUCAUUUUGGGUCCAAAGAAAUUUUAAUUCUUGGGUAAAGGGGGUAAGAGAAAUACCACAAAGGACCUACUUAGUACACUUAGACCUGAGUUAGUAUAAGGGACCUGAUGGAAUGAUACAAUUGGCACAAAGGACAUACCAUAUAGAAGUAGACUUUGUAAUAAUACAUAAUUUCAAACUGUAUAAACAUAUCUUAAGUAAUUAGAAAGUGAUUGAAUGUUUUAUUAACGUUCACCAAACUCAGUUGAUUGUCACUUACAAAUGUACGUAAUUGUUUGUUCAAUCUUGACUUGUCUUGAAUCUACUUGUAUACUGUAAACACGUACUUGGUAUAUAUGGUAUUUCAAAUGGUUCAAUUUUUUGGUUUGUUUGUUACUGCCAUAUUUAUAUAUUUUGUAUUUCUGUCUGUUAUAUUUUAAACUUCUAUGUGAUUGUGUAUUUUCUA